AUCAAAAUCGACUCCGAUUGUUCUAUUCUUUUUUGCAUCGCAACGCUAUUUAACGUCCAUAUUCUACCAUCUCGAGUCGCUACCUGUCACCGCCUCACAAAGUUCACAACCGCCAAGAUGAUGAAAAUAUGGUCUAUGAAAUCCGCCCAACAAAAGGCGGAUAACGCCGAGGGAGCAGCUGGUAAAAAAAAGAAAGUCACAUCCGCCCAACUACGAGUGCAAAAAGAUCUUUCCGAACUAUCCUUAGGCUCAACGAUGAAGACGAUAUUCCCCGAUCCCGACGACAUCCUCAACUUCACACUCGAGAUUCUACCCGACGAAGGCAUCUACCAAGGCGGUCGCUUCACAUUCACAUUUACAAUGGGUCCCAACUACCCCCACGAACCGCCUAAGGUGCGCUGUCAGCAAAAAAUCUACCAUCCCAACAUUGAUCUCGAGGGCAAAGUGUGCUUGAACAUUCUACGCGAGGAUUGGAAACCCGUGCUCAACUUGAACGCCGUUAUUGUUGGUUUGCAGUUCCUUUUCCUCGAGCCCAACGCUUCGGACCCCCUCAACAAAGAAGCAGCGGAGGACCUUCGCUCCAGCAGAGAAAGUUUCCGAAGAAACGUGAGGGCCUCUAUGAACGGCGGAUCGAUACGUGGAGUUCAAUACGACCGAGUGAUGAAACCUUAAGUUUGGAUGGAUGAACAAUUAGGUGGCCUUGCAAACGAACGUGCAAGCAAACAAACAAGCAUCCAUGGGUGUAUCUACCUGAUCUGAUGGGGGGUUCUCGUUGGACACAUCAGAUACAUUUACACAGAAUGAUCCACAGACUUUCAUGGUCAAAUUUAUAGGAAUGAAGGGCGACGAAAGAGGAAGAGGUGGUUUAGUCUUGCUUUCCAAGAUAGCAUAGCAAGGCGUUUUGCAAAGGGCCGCAUUCACUUUAGGGCAUAGAGAAAGACUACCAAUCCCAUCUCUGCGGUAGCAGUGCGCUUUGAUACUUCGGAUAGCUGCCUAGAAAGGUCAUGAAGCCAAUGGCAGCUAUUCGUAUACAUUAGAUAGAUAUUGGCAGAUGAAUGCAAUGAAGUUUACGUAGGUACUUUUCUCAGUUUUUCCUCGAGGUAAUUUGAUUUUAUAUCAUCUGGUACCUAUUAUGUAGGUACAGAGUACUUAUUUUGCGAUAGGUCAUUAAAUGCCAUCAUUGUGACCAUCCUAUAAAAAAUGUGUCCGCUAUUCAUCUAGUGUGUAACUGUAC